GGUUCAUUCAUAAGACUGAAGCUACAGCCACCACUGGGACACGCGGCGCUGGGACCUGGGGACUUUAUUGUUGUGGUUCUUGGGGCUGGUUCUUAUUAAUUUUUUUCCGGAAAGAAAGUUUUCAGAAGGAUUCUUCUGGAUAAUUCUACAUUUUACUUUGGAGGACCCGCUUACUUUUUUUUCCCCGUCCUCUUGAUUAUUACUCCCUUUUCUUUGGGGGGACACGCCGGACGCGUGGAGGAGACGGCACCCGGAGCAGAUUCUGUAAAGCCGGACAGCGCUUUCCGCCUCUGGGGGAGCGAUCCCCCCGACCCCGCGCCACUGGGUCCUCCGGAGCCUGGACUUGCCGGCGGCACAGCGGCAUCUUGUGGGGGCCCGGGCGCCGCGGAGGAAUUGCACCGAAACUUUGCCGCGGUUGGGACGGGACGCGCUGCCCCUCACCCCGAGUUUGCCCGGACAGCGCGCUUUGGGGACGCGCUCGGCUCACCCCGGACUCGCGCCUUUCCUCCUCCACCCGGCCAUAGCCUUGGCUUCCCGGCGACCGCAGCGUGGUCACAGGGCCCCCCCUGUGCCCAGGGAAAUGUUUCAGGCUUUCCCCGGAGACUACGACUCCGGCUCCCGGUGCAGCUCCUCGCCCUCCGCCGAGUCUCAGUACCUGUCUUCCGUGGACUCCUUUGGCAGUCCACCCGCCGCCACCGCCUCCCAGGAGUGCGCCGGGCUUGGGGAAAUGCCCAGUUCCUUCGUGCCCACGGUCACCGCGAUCACAACCAGCCAGGACCUCCAGUGGCUCGUGCAACCCACCCUCAUCUCUUCCAUGGCUCAGUCCCAGGGGCAGCCACUGGGCUCCCAGCCCCCCGCCGUCGACCCCUAUGACAUGCCUGGAACCAGCUACUCCACCCCAGGCAUAAGUGGCUACGGCAGUGGCGGAGCCGGUGGCAGCGGUGGGCCCUCCACCAGCGGAACCACCAGUGGACCUGGGCCCGCCCGCCCAUCCCGAGCUCGGCCCAGGAGACCCCGGGAGGAGACGCUUACCCCGGAGGAGGAGGAGAAGCGAAGGGUUCGCCGGGAAAGAAACAAGCUGGCAGCAGCUAAAUGCAGGAACCGUCGGAGGGAGCUGACUGAUCGACUCCAGGCGGAGACAGACCAGCUGGAGGAGGAGAAGGCCGAGCUGGAGUCGGAGAUCGCCGAGCUGCAAAAGGAGAAGGAGCGCCUGGAGUUUGUGCUGGUGGCCCACAAGCCGGGCUGCAAGAUCCCCUACGAAGAGGGGCCGGGCCCCGGGCCGCUGGCGGAGGUGAGAGACGGGCCGGGGCCGGCGCCCGCUAAGGAAGACGGUUUCGGCUGGCUGCUGCCGCCCCCGCCACCACCGCCCCUGCCCUUCCAGACCGGCCAGGACGCAGCCCCCACCCUGACAGCUUCUCUCUUUGCACACAGUGAAGUCCAAGUCCUCGGCGACCCCUUCCCCGUUGUUAGCCCUUCGUACACUUCUUCGUUUGUCCUCACCUGCCCGGAGGUCUCCGCGUUCGCCGGCGCCCAUCGCCCCAGCGGCAGCGACCAGCCUUCCGACCCCCUCACCUCGCCCUCCCUUCUCGCUCUGUGAACUCUUAGACUCAAAACAGACAAACGGGGGAGACUUGGAGGAGGAGGAGGAGGAGGAGGAGGAGGAGGAGGGGAGCUGGGGUGUCCAGCCCCCCCCCACCCCCUGCCUCUCCCGCUGACUCUGCAGCCUCCGCCCGGACAGGACAGGGGGGCCUCUCGUGUCUGUGGCCCCGAGAGGCCGGGGAGCUGGUGACUUUGGGGGCGGGGGGUGGGGAGGGGAUGGACACCCCAUCUGCCUGAUUGUUGGUCGUCUCACUUCAACCGGAUCUCUGGGGGCUGAGGGGGUGGGGGGAUGCCCAGCUGUGGGCUGGCGGAGCGGGAGGGGGUGCUGGCGUGGGCCGAGGGGUGUGGGCUGGAGAGGCCCAGCCAGGACGUGCCCAGAACCCGCCCCGGGGUCCCCCAGACCCGCCCUCUGGGGGUGGUCCGCCGGUUCUCCCUGCGGCCCCGGCCUGAGCGUAUUGAUCCAUUUAUCCGGCACGUUCACGUGUUCGAUCCUCCUCUGAAUUGAGCCCCCUUUGGAGGGAAAGGGAAGCUGGUGUCCCCCGACGGGGACCGCCUUCCCCGGCCCAGACUCGGUCUGAAAUGUGAACCUCCCUCCCUGAGGCCCCCCCCCCCCCCCCCCCCCCCCCCCCCCAUUCCUCCCGGCAAAACCGCCUUUGACUGAUUGGAUUUCUCCCCGAGGAAGCCCGGCCGCCGGCCUCGGCCUGAUGACAGUGUUAGUCCCAGGCCGCCGCCGGCCCUCCUGGCUGGGCCUCUCUGGUCCGGGCAGCAGGGGGCGCUGCGGCGCCCGUCCUGCUGGAGUGUUUAUACUGUGAAAUGGGUUGGCCUGUUGUGGGGGGAGGAUGGGGAGGGGAGGCGGGUGGGACAGAGCCCUGGCCGAGGGAUUGUGCGCCCCAAGCCUCUUCCUGGGCUCUCUCCCCCGUCCGCCUCCUUCCUCCCCUCCACGGUGAGUUAGACUCAAGGGGGUGACAGUGGUGCACCCCACCCGCUUGGCCUCUCUCCUCAGGACCCCCCGCCCCCCAUGUGUGGCCUAUCCCCUGCCCCGGCCUAGGACGCCGCGUUCUCCCUCCCCUUGGCACCCCCACCUCUUACCUAGAAAGGGGGGUUGCCAGCGGGGGCCCCCAUUCUUUUUCCGGAGAAGAUGUAAAGGCUGAGGCUUUGGUUCCCCAACCCCCCAAUAUUUUUGGACUGGUGAACUGGAAGGGGGCUGGGCGCCCGUGACCCCAGCUUCCUCUCCCCACCCCCCACCCCAGUCCCAAAUAUUGGUUUUGGCUCUCCCACCCCGCCUUUCCUUGGGCUUCACCUCAUGAGAAUUUCAUUGUGAAGCAAACUGAUAUUUUUUGAAAAUUCGGGUGGGCCAGGCCCCCCUCGUGCUGCAUGGAGAACAUUCCACGUGCCCCACUCGCGCCUUCCAGACUCCCCCCGCCCCCAAAUAGCUAUUUAUCCCUUUCCUGGUUUCCGAAAGGCACUUAUAUCUAUUAUGUAUAAAUAAAUAUAUUAUAUAUGGGUGUGUGUGUGCGCGCGCGCGAGUGUGAGCGCUUCUGCAACCUCAACCUUAACCUUGGUCACGUUGGCCCCACAGCCAAGCCCCUGAAUGGGAAAUGCUGCUUCUGGGGAUGGGGAGGCAGCCUGUCCCCCUCCAGCUGCCCCUGCCGGCCUGGCUCUCUCUAGCUGUGUCUUUCCUGCCGGUCUCAGCCCCUCCCGGUGUUCCCGGCAGGCAGUCCCUGGCUGUCUCCCCGCCCCUGUCUCCCCUCAGCCCGUGUUUCUCUGACCAUUGCCACCUGUCUCCCUUCUGUGACCAUCCCUGAUGGGCCAGCUGCCUUCUGACUGUGGGUUCGCUGGGGACAUGUUUUAUUUUUUGUGAGGAAACCUGAGGGAUCACAGACUUUUGUGGUCUGUGUCUCUGAGAAUUCUGGGUGCCAGUGUGAGAUUGCGAGCAGGGCUUGCCCCCGCCGACCAUGAUGUAUUGAAUCCCAUUCUGUAUUUGUGAUUCUCUUUUUGUAUUUUGCACCUGACCCCGGGGGCUGGGACUGGUUGGCACUGGGCCACCACCCUCCCCCCCAUGGUUCUGCACUGUCGCCAAUAAAAAGCUCUUUGAGAUGUAUCCA